AUGUCUUCGAAGCCGCCGCCCGAGAGGAUCUCGCCGAGUCCAUAUGCCACCAGCGGGCCUUCAAGAGCGAACCCCCCGCCCAGCCGAUUCGAAGACCCAGCUACGAGACAACAAAGACUUCAACGAACGGGGAGUUUCGAUCCGUGGUUGCAAGGCUCGUCAGCGUUCAGUGGGAUCAGCGCCAGUCCGAGCUCUUCAUCGUUCCCGACGUUCGCUCCACAAACACAACGACUGAGAGACGAGUGGAUCAACCGAGAGCCGUCCGCUCUGCAAGAACUGAGGUCAUCGUCACCUUGGCCCGGAUCACCGUUGACGGGACAGUAUCCGAAUCAGACUCCGAUGUCUUUCAACCCUCAGUCGCCGCAAGCAGGCUACCCAGGCUGGUCCAACUCGUGGCCGGCUCCCUUGCUGCGACGGACGUCCUCUGAAGACGCACGACUGAGCCAGUACGGCGGUUCUUACUACGGCGGCGAGGCAUCUUCCAGCGUUCCAAGCCUCUCAUCAAAAGCCUACCCGCAACGACGCCCCUCAAACCGCGACGAAUUCGACGGACCCUCCCAACUCCUCGAAAAGCCGGACGACGCCGGCUACGAGCCCAAAGAAGAAGACCUCCCCCAGCUCCCCAUCAAUCUCUACGCCCAAGAACAAGACGAGAUUCUCUCCCAAGUCAACGACCGCCUCUCCCAAUGCGCCUUCGACUUCGUCGCCAAAUACCAAUUCCCCAUCCCCAUCGAACCCGACAAACGCCCCGUCCGCGUCCCCAACGACCGCGAAUGGUCCGAGUGGGUCUACCUCCUCAAACGCCUCGCGACCAAACGUCGCAUCCCGGCUCGCGUGCUGUACAACGGACAGAUCAAGCAGUUGAUCACGAUUCUGGAGAAUAGCCUCGAGAUGCGGCAUGCGGCGAAGCAUCAGAGCCGGCCGUUGAAGGAUGAUAGGAAUAUCCUGCAACUGAUCAGUUCGGGGUUGCAAGUGGCGAAGAUUCUGAAGGACGCGAGGGCGAUGCAGCGGCUCGAUGGGCUGUAUGUGCAGACGGAGAGAGUGAUUCAGGGGAGGAGGGCGACGGCGCAGGGGGCGUUUGGCGGGACGAUGUGUAUUAUGUGA